GGAGCUGCCCGCUGGGGGAGAGAGAGCGAGAGGAGAGAAAGAGAGCGAGCGAGGAGAGGAGCCCGAGGCGAAAAAGUAACUGUCAAAUGCGCGGCUCCUUUAACCGGAGCGCUCAGUCCGGCUCCGAGAGUCAUGGCGACCGCAGCGUCUAACCACUACAGCCUGCUCACCUCCAGCGCCUCCAUCGUGCACGCCGAGCCGCCGGGCGGCAUGCAGCAGGGCGCGGGGGGCUACCGCGAGGCGCAGAGCCUGGUGCAGGGCGACUACGGCGCGCUGCAGAGCAACGGGCACCCGCUCAGCCACGCUCACCAGUGGAUCACCGCGCUGUCCCACGGCGGCGGCGGAGGGGGCGGCGGCGGCGGCGGCGGGGGCGGGGGCGGCGGUGGGGGCGGCGGCGACGGCUCCCCGUGGUCCACCAGCCCCUUGGGCCAGCCGGACAUCAAGCCCUCGGUGGUGGUACAGCAGGGCGGCCGCGGCGACGAGCUGCACGGGCCAGGCGCCCUGCAGCAGCAGCACCAGCAGCAGCAACAGCAGCAGCAGCAGCAACAGCAGCAGCAGCAGCAGCAGCAGCAACAGCAGCGGCCGCCGCAUCUGGUGCACCACGCCGCCAACCACCACCCGGGGCCCGGGGCAUGGCGGAGCGCGGCGGCUGCAGCGCACCUCCCGCCCUCCAUGGGAGCGUCCAACGGCGGCUUGCUCUACUCGCAGCCCAGCUUCACCGUGAACGGCAUGCUGGGCGCCGGCGGGCAGCCGGCUGGGCUGCACCACCACGGCCUGCGGGACGCGCACGACGAGCCGCACCACGCCGACCACCACCCGCACCCGCACUCGCACCCGCACCAGCCGCCGCCGCCGCCGCCGCCCCCGCAAGGCCCUCCGGGCCACCCCGGCGCGCACCACGACCCGCACUCGGACGAGGACACGCCGACCUCGGAUGACCUGGAGCAGUUCGCCAAGCAGUUCAAGCAGCGGCGGAUCAAACUGGGAUUUACCCAAGCGGACGUGGGGCUGGCGCUGGGCACCCUGUACGGCAAUGUGUUCUCGCAGACCACCAUCUGCAGGUUUGAGGCCCUGCAGCUGAGCUUCAAGAACAUGUGCAAGCUGAAGCCUUUGUUGAACAAGUGGUUGGAGGAGGCGGACUCGUCCUCGGGCAGCCCCACGAGCAUAGACAAGAUCGCGGCGCAGGGGCGCAAGAGGAAAAAGCGGACCUCCAUCGAGGUGAGCGUCAAGGGGGCUCUGGAGAGCCAUUUCCUCAAAUGCCCCAAGCCCUCGGCCCAGGAGAUCACUUCCCUCGCGGACAGCUUACAGCUGGAGAAGGAGGUGGUGAGAGUUUGGUUUUGUAACAGGAGACAGAAAGAGAAAAGGAUGACCCCUCCCGGAGGGACUCUGCCGGGCGCCGAGGAUGUGUACGGGGGGAGUAGGGACACGCCACCACACCACGGGGUGCAGACGCCCGUCCAGUGA